AUGGCUUCUGCAGCUGUGGAGGCGGAGAAGGGGUCCCCAGUCGUGGUGGGGCUGCUGGUCGUGGGCAACAUCAUUAUUCUGCUGGCAGGCCUGGCCCUGUUUGCCGAGACCGUGUGGGUGACCGCCGACCAGUACCACGUGUACCCGCUGAUGGGCGUCUCGGGCAAGGAUGACGUCUUCGCUGGCGCCUGGAUCGCCAUCUUCUGUGGCUUCUCCUUCUUCGUGGUGGGCAGCUUGGGCGUGGGUGCCACGCUCUGCCGCCGCCGGUCCAUGAUCCUGACGUACCUGGUGCUCAUGCUCAUUGUCUACAUUUUUGAGUGUGCCUCCUGCAUCACAUCCUACACCCACCGCGACUACAUGGUGUCCAACCCAUCCCUGAUCACCAAGCAGAUGCUGACCUUCUACAGCGCAGACACAGGCCAGGGCCAGGAGCUGACCCGCCUCUGGGACCGGAUCAUGAUUGAGCAAGAGUGCUGUGGCACGUCGGGGCCCAUGGACUGGGUGAACUUCACAUCGGCCUUCCGGGAGGCCACCCCGGAGGUGGUGUUCCCCUGGCCCCCACUGUGCUGCCGCCGGACAGGCAACUUCAUCCCGCUCAACGAGGAGGGCUGCCGCCUGGGCCACGUGGACUACUUGUUCACCAAGGGCUGCUUCGAGCACAUCGGCCAUGCCAUUGACAGCUACACAUGGGGCAUCUCGUGGUUUGGGUUUGCCAUCCUGAUGUGGACGCUCCCCGUGAUGCUGUUAGCCAUGUAUUUCUACACCACGUUAUGAGGAACAAGAAGGGCAGGCCACGG